UCCGGGAGCACCAGCGGGUUAGGCUUCCGCCUGGGAGCGCCACUAAGAUCCCUACACUCCUGAGGGCUCUCGGAAACACGUAGCCGGCUUGCCCUGGGCCGGCUGACCUAGGCGGGCAGGCACCCUAGAGACCCCCUCACCCCUGUGAAGGUUGCCGGUAACAAGCCCACGCCGUAGCGUCUCCGGAAACCCCACGGGUCACCACUCCAUCGGCACCUUCCGACAACUAACUUCUCCCACUGUAGCUGUGUCAGUGUGUUAUGAUGCCGUCUCGUACCAACCUGGCUACUGGAAUCCCCAGUAGUAAAGUGAAAUACUCAAGGCUCUCCACAGAUGAUGGCUACAUUGACCUUCAGUUUAAGAAAAGCCCUCCUAAGAUCCCAUAUAAGGCCAUCGCGCUUGCUACAGUGCUGUUUUUGAUUGGCGCCUUUCUGAUUAUCAUAGGCUCCCUCCUGCUGGCGGGCUAUAUCAGCAAAGGGGGGGCAGACCGGGCCGUUCCUGUCCUGAUCAUUGGCAUCCUGGUGUUCCUGCCAGGGUUUUACCACCUGCGCAUCGCCUACUACGCCUCCAAAGGCUACCGGGGUUACUCCUACGAUGACAUUCCAGACUUUGAUGACUAGCACCCACCGCAGCCCUGAGAAGAGUCAGAUGGGACUGAGCCCAGCUUUAAGACAUUGGGCAGAAACUAUGGUUAAGGGCCAAUGAAUUCUGCAGCUUGCAUAUGUUUAACAAAACAAUGGCCAGGUUUUAUGAGUCCCAUCUUAAAAGAUAUUAACUGAGUGAGCUUACAGUUAGCUAAUUAGAGCAGGCUUUAUUUUUCACCUCCUGGCCUUGGCAAAAGUCCUGACAAGUUUUUCCACAUGAACCUCUAUCAUGGAAGAAUAGCAAUGUUAAUUGUAUGGAAAAGUGGAAGGUUGUUCUGUAGUGGGAAGUGUUGCUGCCAACACCCAUUUUAGACGUUUCUUUAAGUAGUCUUUAUUGUCAGGUUGUUCUUAUGGCAAAUGGAAGGAUGCAAUAUGUCACAUUUCUUACUACUAAGUAAUUUAUUUUGAAAACAUUUUUAAGUAUCUUAUCCCUUACUCAUCUUUAACUUCGUGUUCCAAUGGAAGACCUUGGCAAAAUCAAAUAUCAGCCUGGGUGCAUCUGUAAUAUUUUUUGCUUGCUUUCUUAUUAACAGCAACCAGGAAUUUUUGAAACCUCAGAGCAAAUUUUCAAAAUGUAAACACUGUUCACCAGUCCUUGACCAGCUCUGAUCUGGUUCACCAACAGGUUGGCCAGCAUGUAAUGUGGGUCAAAAUGUUCUGUGCAUCAUGCCUUUAAGGACCGGACUUUUGGCUGUUUCCUAAGGAAAAAUGUAGAUAACCCCGUUGUUAGCACCUUGUACUGUGUCAUACUGAAGAUUGCAAGAUUUGGCCUGAACCCCUACAGGACUAGAUUGCUUUAGUUUGAUUCUGUUUCCUAGCUUGCAAAAAGUGACUUAUGUUCAAAAGAAAUUAAAUUGUCAAAAUCUAUAUAAAUCCUAGACUUAAAUUGAGUUAACUUUAAACAUGUCUCAAAAAACA